GAGAGCGAGAGAGAGAGAGCGAGAGAGAAGACAAAUCAAGCAGAGUAUUGGAAAUACAUCUCCUCCAAACACCGCCUCGGAGUGUGAGGACCCAGACUGAAGCGGGGCCACCGGGAGUGUGUUACUGUGUGGUUGGUGUUAUUGCUGCUACAGAGCGAGUGCUUUCUCCCUCUCUCUGUCAGAGGAGGAGGAGGAGACAGAGGAAAGGGAGAGGAGAGUCGGGAGGCGAGUGUUGUCGUCUUGGUCUCUCUCCCCUGAGUGGCUGAGGGGAGGUUCCCGGCGGUAGGAAGCGGAGGGCUUGCGAUGAGACCUGAGCGCUGACUGGAGUAUGCUGCAGACCAUUUACGAGGGCGAGUCGAGUUUCUCCGCGACAGAAGGCUGCGUUGGACCCCAGCGGCUCUCCGGCCAGAGCAAGAUGCACAACGUGAAUAACUCAGUGGACAUUAAGCCAGAGGUGCUACUGGCGGUGGAGACUGUCUCUCCCUUAGACCUGCGCACAGACUUGAGGAUGCUGGGGCCCGGCUCAGACCCGGCACUGUGGGAGAGGCAGCUGCAGCAGGAGCUCCUCCUCAUCCAGAAACAGCAGCAGAUCCAGAAGCAGCUGCUCAUCAGCGAGUUCCAGAAACAACAUGAGAACCUGACCCGACAGCACCAGGCCCAGCUCCAGGAGCACCUCAAGCUCCAGCAAGAGCUGCAAGCCAUGAAACAGCAGCAGGAGGCCGCGGAGAAGGAGAGCCGUCUGGAGCAGCAGCAGCAGCAGCAGCAGCAGCAGAGCCAGCUGGAGAAGGAGCAGGAGAGGCACCGGCGAGAGCAGCACGCAGCUGGCCUCAGGGGCAAGGAGCGCGCUCGCGAGAGUGCAAUGGCCAGUACAGAAGUAAAGCAGAAACUCCAAGAGUUUCUGUUGAGCAAGUCAGCCAAAGACACCGGCGGGAAUGGAGUCUCCAAUUCCCUCAUCCAUCACACAAAACUCUGGUACCAGUCCUCCCAUCAUACGUCCCUGGACCAAAGCUCUCCACCUCUGGGAGGCGCCUCGCCCACCUGUCAGUACAUCCUCCCACCAAUGGAGAGCAAGGACGAUUUCCCCUUGAGAAAGACAGCUUCUGAGCCCAACCUGAAGGUACGUUCCAGACUGAAGCAGAAGGUGGCAGAGAGGAGGAGCAGCCCGAUGCUGAAGAGGAGAGAUGCCAACAUCAUGACUCCAUACAAGAAGAGAGCUCUGGAGCUGAUGGACACCACGCCCACUAACAGCGCCCCUGGCUCGGGUCCCAGCUCUCCCAUAGGGGCCUCCAGUGCCCUGGGGGCUGAAAACGGCCCCUCCUCUCUUCCGACCACCACCAAAACUGAGCGCUGGCCCUCCCAGCCGAGGUUAUUCCGGCCAGAGGGCUCCAUGUCUAUGCUGAGCUUGUACACGUCUCCCUCUUUACCCAACAUCACCCUGGGUCUCUCCGCCGCCUCCUCUCCUAUUAAUGUGGCCAUGGGGCUGAAAGACAGAUCGACAGAGGUCAGACAUGGGCUCCCGGGGCAGCUAAUGGGCCCUGUUCCCCUGCAGAGCGGCCUGGAGAGUAAAGUGAGCUCCAGCCACCAGGCGCUCCUCCAGCACCUCCUGCAGAAGGAGCAGAUGAGGCAGCAGAAGAUCCUCUCCUCUGGCCCGGGCUCCAUGUCAUCCCACCCUCAGUCCCUCCUGGCCAUGAAAGAUCGCCCCUCUUCCAACAGUCGGCCCAAACUGCCAAAACACCGGCCCCUGAACCGGACCCAGUCAGCGCCGCUCCCCCAGAACACGCUGGCCCAGCUUGUCAUCCAGCAGCAACACCAGCACUUCCUCGAGCGGCAGAAACAGUACCAGCAGCAAGUCCACAUAAACAAGCUGCUCUCCAAGUCCAUUGAGCAGUUACGUCAGCCCAGCGUGCACCUGCAAGAGUCUGAGGAAGAGGAAGAGCAGCGGCCCCUGGAGCACAGCAUGCAGGAGGACAGGCUGCCCCCCGGUGGCGUUAUCCGGAAGCACACCCUCAGCAGCUGCAGCAGCAGCAGCAGCGGCGGCUCCAACGGGGAGCUCUCUGAGGUUCACCGCGGGGUCAUCAAGGUCAAAGAGGAGCCGGCCGACAGCGAGGACGAGGCCCUGGCCAAUCAGAGCCUAAAAUCAGAGCAGAGCGCCUAUCUUCACCAGGUGAAAGGAAGACUGGUGAUAAGAGCCAUGAUCUGAGAGGAGAGAGGAUGAGAUCCCACACUUCAACAUUCACAGAAGGACAAGGCUAGACAUACAUGUGCGUGCACGCACACAUACACUACAUAGAAAUACACACACACACACACACACACAGGUGAAAACUGUUCAUGCAGCACCUACACAUACACACACACUCACACAGCAGCCAUUGCACAAAGUAGGCCAACCUCCUACCCCUGCCACAAGAUGUGACCCUUUUUCACUCGACUCCAGUCUCGCCUCUCACCUUAGGACUCUCCGCUUGUGAACUUUGUGUAGUGAUCUCUGUAAAGUAUGUUUCAUCGUUGUGUAAAUAAUAAUGACACGAAGAGAUUUUAAGACGGUUUAAUCUUUUUAAGGGUUGCUUUUGGUUGUCGCCGGUCUGCUGAAAGAGUUUUAUGUACAUAAACUGUGGAUUUAGUAUCAAAGAUCAUUUCUAGAGGAGGAGAAGUUGAACGGGCGCACAGCUUUUAAAAGGCAACUUAUGUUCCCACUGUGUACAUUUUUAUUAUUAUGAUUAUGAUUAUUUUUAUUUUUAUUUUUUUUUGCCAUAAACUAUUUGAAUGCUGGUAGCACUGAAAAUGAUCACCAGGUCCCGUGGUGUGUUUUUAAAGAAUUUCAAGACAUCACAUUCGCUGUCAUUCUCCAAAAUCUGUGAUGAUGUUUUAUGUCGAAGUGGUCUCGGAAUUGGAGAAAAAAACAAAAACAAAAAAAAAGACCCAAUAAAAAAUAAAGAGCAUGCUCACCUCUGUCUGAGAGAGAAUGUACACUUUAGAACCCUAACAGAGGACACGCCCUCAUGACAGACACUGCAGCGGCCGUGGCACUGCAUUAUUGACCUACAGUCUGCUGCUUUAUAUUGCAGUAGAGAGGCUUAAACACUGGUAAAUCUGAGCUUUUGGGUGUGUAGGCAUCUCCGGCAGAUCUCCUGGGUCUGUAGGGGCCGACCCCAGAGCCAGGGCCCUUGUGUUAAGCUGAGCUCGCCUCCCUCUGCUCCCUCCGGGUCCAAAUCAAAGCUCAGCCGGGUUCCUGUCCAGCUUUCAGCAGAGGAGUCAGAGAGAGAGAGAGAGAGGAUAGAGGGAGAGAGCGAGAGAGAAGGCGAGAGAGAGAGGGCCGGGCAGGAAAUGCCUUCUAGAAGCCAGGAGUCGGAGUGAUUCAUGUGUACAGGAAUGUUGGGAGAGGAGGACCCAGGGCUGGAGGAGUCCAAGGGGCCAGGCUCGAGAAUUGAUUUACUGUCAAGGCGAAUUACAAAGUGAAUGGGGAUAUGGUUAAGGGAGCCCUUUUUUAAAAGGGAAUCGCUUCCUUCUUAUUCCCUAGUGACGUGCUUACCUCGACAUGGAAGGUUUGAUGUUACUUCAAUAAAACAAAAAAGAAGAAGACGAAGAAGUGGGACGGGACCUUGGUUCCUCUUUCCGAGACUCUUUCCCCCCCCCCUGAAAGUGCCCAUUGCGACAUGUAUAGUCUGUCUUAAAGUGAUCAAUCAAGUGUAUUUGAUAGCUGUAGACCUUCCCGUUUCAUUUGUAUUGUCUAAUAAAUGUAAAAAAAAAAAAAAAACAAGUGCUGGUGAGCGGGUUCUGUAUUUCAGUCUGUCUUAUACUGUACAUUCAGAUCGUCUAGUUCUAACGUUUUAGAGUAAGUAAUCACCACAUUCAGAACAAUGUGAGUCUUGUACUCUUUCUCCUUUGAUUUUGGUUGUAAUGAGAGCCCCUCUGCUGCCAGCGGGGGUCCUGUGGUCUGUUCAUAGCAGUUUGCAUUUUCUUCUCUUCUCUGCCUUGUGUGAUAAACCUUUCUUUUUUAAAAAUAAAGUUCAUUCCCCUAUU